GGGGGAGAGAGGGAGAGAGGGGGGGAGCAGGGCUGUGACACGGCUCAGCGAGUGCGGGCUUGGCGGCCGUUAGUCGGAUCGUGCUGGAGUUCAGGGCAGCGGAGGAGAGGCGAUCGAAAUACCGUUAGAGAUGCUGUCGUUGUGUACGAAACAUCGACCCCUCCUCUUAAUUAUACUCUGCCAAAAUAAAGUAUAGGCCGAUUGAUGAACGCCGGAUGGUUUUUUGUGUGUGUCAGGGAAAUAAGUUGGAUGUUCAAAUCCAUUAUUUGUGUUAAAUUUAGUCAAAAGAGACCCCCCCCCCCCUCCCAAACGAUCGGAGACUGACGGCUUUCCGCUGAAAUCUAUUUCUGCUGCUGGAUGAAGUCGAUUUUCUUGCAGGGAUGUAGAUGCAUUAACGUGUAAAAAAAAUGGAUUUGGUGUAGUUUCGGGUGCAUUGUACACGACCAAGAUUCAAACGAGCCGUUUAAACCGAUGUUUAUGAAAUUAGCUUUCGCCUCCACAUAGGAUGCUGAAAAUCGGAAUAAGAGGACAGAAAACAGCAGUGGAUUUUACACCUUAAAAGAAACCCUGGAUUUUGUUUUGCUGUUGGUUGAAAAUGGAGAACGAUUUUACCACGCUUGUUGAGCAGUUUUUGGCUGAUCCUUUAGUAACUUGGGUAAAGACUUUCGGGGCGUUAGCUCCGGCAAAUGGAGGAGCACUUCUGGAAUACAUGGAGUUGGCUGAUGGCAUCUUUCUCAGUAACAUAAUGGUUCAGAUCAAUCCUAAAUCAACAAAUGCAAGACUGAACAAGAAAAUAAACAAUGAUAUCUCAUUAAGGAUCCAAAAUUUAUCCAGUUUGGUGCAAAAUAUUAAAUUGUAUUAUCAGGAGACACUACAGCAACUCAUUAUGAUGUCUCUUCCAAAUGUCCUUGUCCUGGGCCGCACCCCUCUUUCAGAGUGUGGAAUUAACGAGAUGAAGAAGCUUCUGCUGCUUCUACUAGGUUGCACGGUUCAGUGUGAAAGAAAAGAAGAAUUUAUUGAGAGGAUCAAAAAUCUUGAUUUUGAUACAAAAGCUGCUGUCGCAAUUCAUAUUCAAGAGGUGACUCAUAAUCAAGAGAAUGUCUUUGACAUGCAAUGGGUGGAUUUAGCUGACAUCUCCCGUGAGGAUCUUAAUUCCUCCUUCAGAAAAUUGGCAGUUCAUCUGAAAAGGCUUGUGGAUGAAAGAGACGAAAAAUGUGAGUUAAUUUUGCAACUUGCACAGGAGCGUGACUGCAGCAUGCCUCCAACUCAUGGAAUAGCUCAGUCACCUACAGGUUCACCAGGUAUGCAGCGAACUGAGAGUCGACAACAUCUGUCAGUUGAACUGGCGGACACAAAAGCAAAACUCAGAAGGAUCAGGCAAGAGAUGGAAGAGAAAACAGAGCAAUUGUUGGACAGUAAGCAAGAAAUUGAGCAGAUGGAAGUUGAACUAAAAAGACUACAGCAAGAGAACCUACAACUUCAGUCUGAUGCUCGGUCUGCUAGAACUUAUCGUGAUGAGCUUGACUCAUUGCGUGAAAAAGCAUUUAAAGUUGAUAAGCUUGAAAGUGCAGUUAGCCGAUACAAAGAUCGGCUUCAUGACGUUGAAUUUUAUAAAGCAAGAACUGAGGAAUUAAAAGAAGAUAACAAAAUCUUGUUGGAGACUAAAAUAAUGUUGGAAGACCAGCUUGAGGGAGUCCGAGACCGUUGUGACAAGUUGCACGAAUUUGAGAAAGAAAACCUGCAAUUAAUGGCUAAAAUGCAUGAUAUGGAGAUGGAACAUGACACAGACAGGAAACGCAUUGAGGAAUUAAUGGAAGAAAACUUGUCUCUUGAAAUGGCUCAGAAACAAAGCAUGGACGAAUCAUUGCAUUUAGGCUGGGAGCUAGAACAAUUAUCCAAGACCACUGAAUUUGCAGACGGUCCACACAAGUCUCUUGGUCAGGAAGUGAAUGAGUUAACCUCAAGUCGUCUACUUAAGAUGGAGAAAGAAAACCAAGCUCUGUUGAAAACUGUGGAGGAACUUCGCAUUGCUGUGGAAUCUACAGAUGGCUGUAAUUUUAAGUUUCUGGAGCUAGAAAAGGAGAACCAGAGACUAAAGAAAAAGGUGGAGAGGCUCAAGGGUGAAAUCAGUAGUGAAAAACAAAGUAUGCAAAAUGUUGAGAAGCUUACUCAUGAUCUUAUAAAGGAGAAGUCCCAACUUGAAAAAUCUAUUGAAAGCAUUCAAGAAAAUUCUGAGCGACAGAUCAAAGUGUUGGAACAAGAAAAUGAGCAUUUGAAUUAUACCAUUGCAUCUCUACGGCAACGUGCACAAAUAAGUGUAGAGGCUGGAGUGAAAGCCAUUGAGAAAGAAAACAAAAUCCUCCAUGAGUCUAUUAAAGAAACCAGCAGUAAACUGAAUAAAAUAGAGUUUGAGAAGAAGCUAAUCCAAAAGGAGUUGGGACAUUACAAAGAAAAAGGAGAAAGGGCAGAAGAACUUGAGAUUUUUUUGAAUCGCUUGGAAAGUGAAAAUGAACAAUUGCAGAAGAAGAUUACUGGUCUAAUGAUCAUGUGUGAGAAAAUAGAUAUCUUGGAACGGGAGAUCUCUGAUUUGGAAGUGGAAAAUAAUAAGCUGAGAAAGACAUUAAAUAGCCUCAAAAACCUUACUGUCCAAUUCGAUAUUUUAGAAAAAGAAAACACCCAACUCGAGGAUGAAAACUUGCAGUUAAGGAGAACAUUGGAGAACUUGAAGUCCAAUGGUGUCAAGUUGGCGCAACUUGAGUUGGAGAACAAAGAACUAGAAAAUGAAAAAGAGCGGUUAAAAAAGAACGUGGAUAUUUUGAAGGCUUGUAACAAGAAAAGUGAACGAUUGGAGGUAAGCUAUCAGGGACUUGAUUUAGAAAAUCACAGACUCCAAAAGGCCCUAGAAAAUAGCAGCAAAAAAAUUAAUCAAAUGGAAAAUGAACUGCAAGAUUUGGAAACGGAAAACCAGAGCUUGCAAAGAAAUCUGGAAGAGCUAAAAAUCUCCAGCAAACGGUUGCAACAACUGGAAAAAGAAAACAAACUACUUGAGCAGGAGACUAUCCAACUGGAGAAAGACAAAAAGCAGCUUGAAAAAGAAAAUAGGAGAUUGCGUCAACAGACUGAGGUCAAGGAUUCCACACUGGAUGAAAACAAUAUGACAAUUUCCAACCUGGAAAAAGAAAAUAAAUUGCUUACGAGAGAAAUCACCAAAUUCAAAGACUUUUAUGUACGACUGAAAGAUUUAGAGAAAGAUAAUAAAGAAUUAGUUAAACAAGCAACUAUUGAUAAAAGGACAUUAGUGACAUUGCGAGAGGAACUUGUAAAUGAGAAAUUACAUGCACAGCAAAUGAGCAAUGACUUGGAAAAACUCACUCAUGAACUGGAGAAGAUUGGACUGAACAAGGAGCGCCUCCUUCAUGAUGAACAAACCACCGAUGAAAGUAGGUAUAAACUUUUGGCGUCAAAACUUGAAAGCACGCUAAAAAAAUCUCUAGAAAUUAAAGAAGAAAAAAUUGCCAGUCUUGAAGCACGAUUAGAAGAAUCAACAAAUUUAAACCAGCAACUACGUCAGGAACUAAAGACGGUGAAAAAAAACUAUGAAGCUCUUAAACAGAGACAAGAAGAGGAAAGAAAUGUGCAGAAUUCACAAUAUAAUUCUGUUGAAGAAAUUCGGGGUACAAAUAAAUGGGAACAAGAAAACCAAGAAGUAACUCGUGAGCUGUUAAAGGUUAAAGACAGACUUAUUGAGAUUGAAAGAAAUAAUGCAACACUUCAAGCUGAAAAACAGGCCUUGAAAACACAGCUGAAGCAGCUAGAAACUCAGAACAACAAUUUGCAAUCCCAAAUUCUUACACUUCAGAAACAGACAACAUCGCUGCAGGUGCACAAUACCACCUUGCAAACAGAGAAUGCCAAGUUGCAGGUGGAGCAUUCAACACUGGGUUCCCAAAGUGCAUCCUUAAUGACUCAGAAUUCUCAGCUUCAGAACCAACAGUCGGCUUUAGAGAAUGAAAAUGAAAUACUGUUGAAAGAAAAGGAUGAAUUGAAGUUAUUGUAUGAUUCACUUGUCAAAGAUCAUGAAAAACUGGCAAAGUUACACGAGCAUCAGGCAACAGAGUUUGAGAGUCUCAUUAAUAAACAUGGAAGUCUGAAAUCUGCUCAUAAAAAUUUAGAAGUUGAACACAAAGAUCUUGAGGACAGAUACAAUGAACUGGUGAAGCAGAAGGGCCAAUUAGAAGAGCUGGAGACUAUAUUGAAAAAAGAGCAGGAGAAAAUGCGCCAUGAUGCUGAGAAACAUGAUACCACUGUGCUUGAGUACCAGAAAAUUUGCAAUGAAAAUGCUAGAUUGAACCAAAUAAAUAGUCAUCUGCUAAAGGAGAACGAAGGUUUCCAGUUGGACCACAAAAAUCUUAAAAGCCUCUUGAAUGGUGGCAAGCUGGAACAUGCACGCUUGGAAGCAGACUUUGCAAAACUAAAGGAACAGUACCAACAACUGGAUAUCAGUUCCACUAAACUAAACAAUCAAUGUGAGCUACUGAGCCAAUUAAAAGGGAAUCUUGAGGAAGAAAACCGGCAUUUACUAGACCAGAUCCAGACAUUAAUGCUGCACAACAAAUCAUUAUUGGAACAGACCAUGGAGAGUAAGGAUUUGUUCCAUGUGGAGCAACGGCAAUAUAUCGAUAAACUAAAUGAACUUCGGCGGCAGAAGGAGAAACUUGAAGAGAAAAUUAUGGAUCAAUAUAAGUUCUAUGAGCCUUCACCUCCUCGAAGAAGGGGCAAUUGGAUUGCCAUAAAGAUGAAAAAAUUAAUAAAACACAAAAAGGAAGUCAACAGAGAGCGCAUUAAGUCUCUCACUAGUACGCCAACUAGAUCAGAAUCAAGUGAUGGAUUCCUUCAGCUUCCUCAGCAUGAUAGUCAAGAUAGUUCUUCUGUAGGAUCCAACUCUCUUGAUGAAGGCCACUCAGCCAAGAAAAGCAGUAUGGCCACACUGAAAAGACUGCCCUUUAUGAGGAACAGACCAAAGGAUAAAGACAAAAUGAAGGCCCUCUACCGUCGCUCCAUGUCUAUGAACGAUCUGCUCCAGUCUAUGAUAUCAGCAGGAGUUCAAUGGUCAGGCAGUUCUGAAAAUUUGGAGGAAUCUAAUGAAGUGACAGGAGGACAGAGGACAGAAUUGGGGUCCAUGGCUUUCUCAACAACGGCUGUCAAUCUCACAAAUACAAGCUCUGCUGGUUUCAGAUCCCAUCAAAGACUUCAACCUAAAGGUGUUGCCUCCAAUGAAGAUUUAUUAUCCGAUGAACCAAAUCUUAUCAAUUCCUGCACUGGAUCAAGAAGCAAAGGCAGAAUUGCAUCGCCUGAAGAAGGUGGCAAAACCUCUGCUUCGAAAAAUAACUUCCAGAGCACUGUUAACAUAUUUGGAGAAGGGUUACAAAGUAAUUAUAAUGGAUACAAUCCAGCUCCUGUUCUUGGCAGCUCUACAGUGUGCAGAGUGCCUUGUCACAUUUGUUUGCUGUAUUCCAAAGUGUCCAAUUGGACUGCCUCGAAAAUUCUUGGCUUUCUGAUCUCUUCCAGACCAGCCAGCCUUGAUAGUAGCAGGACAUCAAGUAGCAAUAACAAUAAUAAUGCUUCAGCCCACGAUGUAAAAGGUGCAGCUAAUGGCAGACAUGGUAGGUUUCAAAGUCUUAGCACUGGAGAAUGUCGUUCAACUGAUGACAGUCGCAUAUUAUCAAAUAGCAGCCGUUCAUCUAGUCAUCUACCGCAAAAUUUGAAAAAAGAUGUUUCCUUCCAAAAGAAAGAACUUAGUAUUGCUGACACCCAAAAACGUUCUCUGCAAAGGAAUAAAACCACAUCACCUGGGAGUGAAGUAGUUACCUUACAGCAGUUUCUGGAAGAAAGUAACAUAAACCAAUCAUCGCAGGUACAAUCCGAAGGACAUGAGAAUUUUUUAGAUAGUGUUUUCACAAACACCACAGAUCUGCCAGAACGAAUUGGAACUGAGAAACUGAAUCACAAUCUUAUCAAUAAUAGUACAACUACCGGAUUACCUAGAGGAAGAGAGAAUGACUCUUUCAGCAGCAACUUGAAAAGGCCUGGGCAGUAUGUAAAGCCAAGUCCUCGAAAUUCAGACCAUAUGUGCAUUAAAGGCAGUUCAGAAGACACAUUUUUAAGCCAAGGAAAGACGGUGUCAAUGUGCAAACUACCAUCUGAGACACAUCAAUCUUCACAUUUUGCUUGCACCACUUCAACUCUACCCCGUGCAAGUCAUGUUAUUUCCACAGCAGAAGGUUCAAGUCGAAGAACAAGCAUCCAUGAAUUUAUGUCGAGAGACAGUAGAGCACCUGUGUCGAUAGAUCCUUCUCCAGGGAAAGUGGUAACAAGCACUCAGACAUUACCCAGUGAGUACCAAGUAAAUCAUUACCACCAAACUCAUUUUGCUCACCAUGUUGCUUACCAUAUUCAAUCAGUGUCUAAUUUGCAGAAAUCACAAUUAAUCCAGCCUUAUGGCGAUGGUCAGUCACUAAUGUUUGACUUGAAUCCAGUCAAUACCAAUAAGAUUUUUUCUGCUUCAAAUAGUGUGAUAGACCAAAUCACUUCAAAUUCCGCCUCACCCCCUGGGCUAGAUAUUGUAUUUGGAUCCAUAAUUCCAGAAUCUGACCCAAUUGGUGGAAGAGCUUCUUUUACUAAUGUUCAGCUUUCUUCAUCCACCUAUCCAACCGGUAUGAUGCCUCAGAAACCUAAAGCACGCCCAACUGAUAUUGCUUUGGUGUCACCAAUUAAAAUAGUACAACCUCAAGAGGAAAAUAAAAGUGUUAUCCUUUCAAAAUCCACUGAUGAAUUGUUUAAAUUAGAGAAUCAGGAGAGUAGUGGAUUAAGUUCCCUUCUUAUCAGUGAUCCAUCCCCCUCUGGUGAAGAAGGUAUGAAUAUUUCUGUUUCCCCUUCUGUAAUGUCAGAAGAUAAACAAACUGUAUGGUAUGAAUAUGGAUGUAUUUAACUGACAUCAUUAAGAGACUGUCAAACAGUUGGAAGAUUUUAAAAUAGUAGGGAGUAAUAAAAUUUAAAACUUAAGCAGUGAGCUGUCGGGUAAAACAACGUCAUCUACCAUGUAAGAUUAGUAGGAGCAGGAAUACAGAAAUCUAAUUAGUCCAUUUUUCAUCGAUGUAUUUAUCUUCUCUAAAGUUGAUAAAUUGAACCUUAAAUUAUGUACAAUAUCGUUUAAUAGUGUGUUGAAACCAUAGCAAUUCUAUAGGCAAUUUAAUAUAAAUUUUGAACAGUUUGGUUUUGUUCCUUUUCAAUUAGAAUCUACUUUAAAAGUAUCACUUUUUUUGAAGGAAAUUCAUGAACACAAGAUCAACAUUAGUAAUGUUCACAACUGGUGUUAAGCAUAUUUUUAAUUUAGAAGUACAGGUGCACAACCUUUUAUCCGAAAUUCCGGAAACCGAAAAGCUCAGAAAAUCGGACAUUUUCGGUCCUGGAAAAAAGGGAGGGUAUAUUGCCCGGGAGAGUAG